AUGGUGGAAAGUGAAUAUUUGAAAAGUUUGCGAAUAAAAUUAAAACUUGGGGGUGUUUUAAAUAUCAUCAUUUAUUAUUUGAAAUAUGCAAUUUUCUUCUGUUUUGUUAAUUUGUCGUUAUGGAUUAUUAUAGCCACAGCUAUAAUAACCAGAAGAUUCAGAAAUAGUAGAAAUGCUUUAUUUUGCGGAAUGAUGAUGCAGAAAGUUGGGAGGCUUCUUGGUGUGAAUAUUAUUUCAAAAAUAUCUGAUGAAAUUAAUAUAAACGAAAGCUAUUUGUUCAUCAUAAAUCAUCAAAGCUAUUUGGAUGCCAUUAUUAUGAGUCACAUUCUGACGAUAUUUGGAAAUGCUGCACCUGUUUCGAAAAAGUUCUCGCCCUUUUUACUCCAUGUUUGGGCUGCUGCAUACUUUUGUGAUGGAAUCAUUCUUGACGAGAAAGAUAAAACUGUUGCAAAAAAUGCAAUGAAUGAGAAAAUCAUAAGUUUGAAAACCGAAAAAAGAAAUUUUAUUUUGUUCCCCGAGGGUUCUCGCAAUGAUUCCACUGAACUUCUACCCUUCAAGAAAGGAGCUUUCAAGAUAUCUGAGAAAACACAUAUGAAAAUUAUUCCCGUUGUUGUUCAAAAGUUCCCUUUCUUGGAUCAUCGGAAAAAAGUGUUUGGAAAGGGAAUUGUUCAUGUUGAAUUUCUUUCGCCGAUGCUUAAAUCCGAAAAUGAAUCAAUUGACGAAUUCACUCAAAGAGCUUACGAAAUAAUGAAUAGCAAAUAUCAUUCAAUGAAUCCUCAAUAAUGUUGAGAUCAUAAAUAAACUUUCAAUAAACAUUCUAUGGAAUGAUUAAACGAUUGUGCUUUUCCAUUUAUAAAUAGAAAAAAGUUUUAUUAAAUUAUAGA